AUGCGCGGCGAGAGCGAGCGGGUGGUGAACGGUGGGGAGAUGCGCGGGCGGACGUACGGACCGUUGGAGAUUCGGUACAGGGCGCUGGCGAAAAAGUUGCGACAAAUCGACGCGUUGGAGCGGAGCGUCGAGGCUUCGGGGGAAAAGUUGGACGCGCAGCAGACGAAAAAGGUGCGACGGAAGGAAUAUUUGGAGGCGGAGAUGGUUAAUUUGAAGCGUCUGAUCGAGGGCGGCGAAGAUGCGGAGGACGCGGAGGACGCGGAGGACGACUCGGAGGAUGACUCGGAGGACGACUCGGAAGACGAAGAGUUGGACGCAGAGAUGGACGACGAAGAAGAGUCGGACGACGAGGACGACGAGGACGAGGACGAGGACGACGAGGACGCCAAGCCUGCGCCCACGAAACGUCGAAAGCGACAGGAGGAGUCGGACGAAGAGGACUCUGAAGAGGACUCUGAAGAGGAUUCUGAAGAGGACUCUGAAGACGAAGAGGUCGAUUCCGAAGACGAGGACUCUGACGGGGACGAGGGCGACUCUGAAGACGACGAAUCCGAAGAGGAAUAA